CUUAACCAUUGGCGAGGAAAGAGAGAAAUCCUUGAACCAGCCGAAAGUGGCUGCUUUUCCACGCUCUCGUCUCUCUCUAUCUUCAACGGCUUUCUUUAUGCUACGAACUGAACUGCACACUCACCAUGCCCAAACCCUAAUUUCCUUCGACAUCCUUCGAGAAUGGUGCCCUUGAGAAUUCUUUUCUCUGAACCUAUAUCUCUGGCAUGAGAAGGAUACCGGAGGAGGUAAGAAGACGUUUUGAAGUAGUAAUUUGGAUGCAGCAAUGGCUGAGCUCGAUCCAUCGAAGAAAGUGGCCGAUAGGUAUUUAAAGCGUGAGGUUCUCGGGGAGGGUACCUAUGGUGUUGUAUAUAAAGCCAUUGAUACUCAGACAGGUCAGACGGUUGCAAUCAAGAAAAUUAGGCUUGGGAAACAAAAAGAGGGAGUAAAUUUUACAGCUCUUCGAGAAAUAAAGCUGCUUAAAGAGCUCAAAGAUUCAAAUAUAAUUGAGUUAAUUGAUGCCUUCCCUCACAAAGGGAAUUUGCAUCUUGUAUUUGAAUUUAUGGAGACAGACCUUGAAGCUGUCAUACGUGAUCGAAACAUAUUUCUUUCCCCAGCUGACAUAAAAUCAUACCUUCAGAUGACGUUGAAAGGCCUUGCAUAUUGCCACAAGAAAUGGGUUUUACAUAGGGAUAUGAAGCCAAAUAAUUUGUUGAUAGGAUCAAAUGGUCAACUGAAACUUGCAGAUUUUGGUUUAGCUCGGAUAUUUGGGAGUCCGGAUCGUAGAUUUACUCACCAGGUGUUUGCUCGAUGGUACAGAGCACCUGAGUUAUUGUUUGGCACUAAGCAAUACGGUUCUGCAGUAGAUGUUUGGGCAGCAGCUUGUAUUUUUGCUGAACUACUACUUCGUCGUCCUUUUCUUCAGGGUUCAAGUGACAUUGAUCAAUUAGGGAAGAUUUUUGCAGCAUUUGGGACUCCUACGCCUUCACAAUGGCCUGAUAUGUUAUACCUACCUGAUUACGUUGAGUUCCAAUAUGUCCCUGCACCUCCUCUACGAUCAUUGUUUCCUAUGGCUAGUGAUGACACACUGGAUCUCCUAUCAAAGAUGUUUGCAUAUGAUCCAAAAUCUAGAAUUACCAUUCAACAAGCAUUGGAGCAUAGGUACUUCUCAUCUGCACCACUUCCUACAGAUCCUAGUAAGCUUCCAAGGCCUACUUCAAAGCGUGAACCUACGAACUCUCGAGUUUUGGACUUAAAUUCAAAUGAGGGUCCUACUGUCCUCUCACCUCCCAGAAAGUCGAGAAGAGUAAUGCCAGAGCGUGAGGCUUUUGAAGGAAAUGCAUAUAGAGCUGAUAGGCUUGAUGACCAUGUUAAUGAGGUGCGAGAGGUAGCUGCUGGAAAUACAAGCAAGAAUGAGGCAGUGCCUAUGUCAUUGGAUUUUUCUAUUUUUGGUGGAAAACCUCCAAAUAGACCUACAAUUAACAGUGCUGACAGAUCACAUCUUAAAAGGAAAUUAGAUCUUGAAUUCCAGCAAUAAGGAGAUUCUGUAUCAGUGUACUGCAAUAUGAAUUCGGCCUUUCAAUUGAAUGCUAGCCUGCAUUUAUGAGGGCAAAUUGUGGAAUUACUUCCCAAGGUAAAGACUGCCGGAUCGUUUAUCUUUUACCUUAUCCCCUUGAGCGACUGCUAAAUUAUACCGGUGUUUCAUUAUGUAAUUUUUCACAUAUAGCUAAUUGAAGUUGAUUCAUUUGAUCUCUUAUCAAAAUAUUUGAUGCCUCUGCCUUGGACCAUUUCUGCUACAACUCGGUUUUGGGAAGUGUAACACUUUGACAGCUUCGAAGCAGUAUUCAGUACACAGUAACAAAAUGAAAUAAAAUUAUUAUACAUUGUGCAAA